GCCGCCCACACGGAACCUUGUGGUGAAGCGCCGCCCCGUCACACUCUGAAGCGGCUCAACCGGCUCUCGCUCCCCGGGUUUGUGUCCCUCUUCUCCCGUAACAAAGACCAGUCGGUGCCCCUCCUGCUCGGACUGCGGCUAGCAUGGCGGAGCUAACGAAAGGCGUGGCGCAGGUUUCCGUGGGUGAGUUGUACGUGUCGGACAAAUGCGGCAGCGACCAGGAUGGAGACGGCACGGAGCAGAAACCCUUCAAAACUCCUCUCGCGGCUCUGGUGUUCGCUGGGAAGGAGCCGUUUCCGACCAUUUAUCUGGACUCGCAAAAAGAGGAUGAGCGUUGGGCGGUGAUCUCAAAGACGCAGAUGAAGAACACAAAAAAGGCCUUUAACCGUGAGCAGAUGAAGACUGAUGCCAAAGAAAAGAAGGAGGCAGAGGACACCGACAGGAGAGAUAAGAACCUGGAAGAAGCCAAGAAGAUCGUCAUUGAGAAAGACCCGAGUCUCCCCGAGCCUGAAGCGGUUAAAAUUCAUCAUCUGGAGCCAAAGAGAGGUCAAAGAGUCAAAGUAUUUGGAUGGAUUCAUCGCCUGAGGAGACAAGGGAAGAACCUGAUGUUCAUUGUGCUGAGAGACGGAUCUGGUUUCCUCCAGUGUGUCCUCUCUGAUAAACUGUGCCAGUGCUACAACGGCCUGGUGUUGUCCACCGAGAGCACGGUGGCUCUGUACGGGAUCAUCACUCCAGUUCCUGAGGGCAAACAGGCGCCCGGGGGCCACGAGCUGCACUGUGACUUCUGGGAGCUGAUUGGCUUAGCUCCAGCGGGCGGCGUCGACAACCUGCUGAACGAAGAGUCUGAUGUGGACGUCCAGCUGAACAACCGACACAUGAUGAUCAGAGGAGAGAACGUGUCCAAGAUCCUCCGGGUGCGCUCCACCGUCACGCAGUGCUUCAGGGACCACUUCUUCAGCAGCGGCUACUACGAGAUCACUCCUCCGACCCUGGUGCAGACUCAGGUGGAGGGCGGCUCCACGCUGUUUAACCUCGACUACUUCGGCGAGCAGGCGUACCUGACGCAGUCCUCCCAGCUCUACCUGGAGACCUGCAUUCCCGCCCUGGGAGACACCUUCUCCAUCGCCCAGUCGUACCGAGCUGAGCAGUCUCGCACCCGCAGGCACUUGUCCGAGUACACUCACAUCGAGGCGGAGUGUCCCUUCAUCUCGUUUGAGGAUCUGCUGAGCAGGCUGGAGGAGCUGGUGUGUGACGUGGUGGACCGAGUGCUCAAAUCCCCGGCUGCACAGCUGCUCUACGACAUCAACCCGAACUUCAAACCGCCCAAGAGGCCGUUCAAGAGGAUGAACUACACUGACGCCAUCAAGUGGCUCAAAGAGCACGACAUCAAGAAUUGUGACACGUAUGUACCAGGUUUUCUGCCUCUGUGGGUCAGUGGUGGGUUUAUAGUAGCUUUGUGUUAUGUAUUGUCUGCUGACCCGACCGUCGACGUGUUGAUGCCAAAUGUCGGUGAGAUUGUCGGAGGCUCGAUGCGUAUCUGGGACUCUGAAGAGCUGCUGGAGGGAUACAAGAGGGAGGGAAUCGACCCGACCCCGUACUACUGGUACACUGACCAGAGGAAGUACGGCACGUGUCCUCACGGGGGUUACGGUCUGGGUCUGGAGCGUUUCCUCACCUGGAUGCUGAACAGACAUCACAUCAGAGACGUCUGCCUGUAUCCUCGCUUCAUCCAGCGCUGCCGACCCUGAGCGCGCACACACACACACACACACACAUUCUGCUUGUAUCUGGAUCCGGCUCGUGAGCCAUUAAAUGUGCCGCUGAAUCAAAAAAAAAAAAAUGUAAUGUUUUAUUUCUGCUGAACUUUGCCUCGUCUCCGUGUCGUCUUCACUCGUUCUGACUUGAAACCUGAAUCUGACCAUUUCCUGCCUCUGCUGAUGCUCAUUGGCUGAUUAUUGAACCUGUUAAGUCCUAGAAAACAUAGAAACACCUGCGUUUUAAGAUUUGUUGAGGAAGAAAAUGAAACGGAUUCUCUUAAGUAUAUUUUUCAAUUUCAAAAUCACAAGAUCAAGAAUAACAAGCUGUGCUGUUACACAAUCACUGUCCCAGCUCUAGGUGGUUCGGUUCGUCUUGGAUCAAAGUUUAAUCACAAGACGAUGACGCGUUCACGUAUCAGGGAAGGAACUUUCAAAUUAAAUGUCAUCCCCUUUGAUCAUUGAAUGAUUGUUGGUGGAUUUAGAAAUGUGACGUCAGCCUCAGGACGUCUCGCUUGUGUCUCUGUUCUGCUUCUUCAUCUGGAAAACUCAAUAAACUGCACUUGAAUCAAACAGAAAUCAA